AUGCGUCAGGCUCUCGAAAUCAUCAACACACUUCCGGACAGCUUUCAAAGGGCACUCGAAGCCGGGGACGUGCUGUUCUUUCCCUCCACCGUGCACAGAUAUGUCGAACAUAAUGUAGAGUUCGAAAUCAGGCUGUGUCCAGCUUUGCAGAAAAAGCCGCAGCUGCCCAUGCUUGAUUUCUCUACGGCGGUGGAGGUGCAGCCCAAGAAGUCCGAUCCCUUUGCGCCCCCAUACGUGCCGAAUCUGUACCUGGGCGAGCUGCGAGACGAGCAGGAGGAUGCGGAAUAUGUCAUUUUGUUCAACAAAUACUCAAUCGUGCCACAUCAUUUUCUCAUGGUGACAAAAGAAUACCAGCCACAGACGAAACCGCUGCUCCCUCCUGAUCUCGUGCAAGUGUACAUGCUUCUACUAGCUGCCCAAAGAGCAGGAAGGCGUUUCUUUGCAUUCUACAAUUGUGGUGACCUGAGCGGAGCUAGUCAGCCGCAUAAACACGUACAGCUACUACCCCUUGAGGACGACGGCCCUCCAAUCGAGCGUCUGGCAAGAGCCACGAAGAUCGAUUAUCCCGAUCGACCAUUCGCCCUCGAGUCACUACCAUAUGCGAACCACGUCCGACGGCUACCUCCGAGUCUGGCGAUGGGAACGUACGACGUGCUCGAGCGCACGCUCGCAGACGCAUUCCUCUCGCUGCUCGACCUCACCGUGGCCACCGUGCGGCACGACCCGGAGUACCCGUCUGGCACGCCGUCGUACAACUUCGUGCUCACGCUCGAACAUAUGCAUGUUAUCCCGCGAAAGAAGGAGAACCACGUGCUGAGCGAGACAGGCGAGCCGCUGAGCGUGAAUGCGCUUGGGUUCGCAGGUUGCCUGCUCGUGAAGAGCGAGCGCGAGCUCGAGGCGGUCAAAGGCGAGGGGGUCGGGAAGAUCCUGCGGGGUGUGGGCUUGGAGAGCGUGCAUGACAUCUUGGCUAGCGAGCACCCGGAUGAUCUAGGGGGCUUGCACGAUGGCGAGCAGGCGAGUCCAUGA